AUGUUUCUGUUCAAAUUCGGAACUGAAGUGUUAGCUUUGUCAGAAUCAAUCAAAUUGUUGCUAUAUAUCUUCUCUUCUUGCAGGUUGUGCUUGCUCGUCGCUCUGUUGAUGACACCAAGAGACAGAUCGAUUCAAGCAGACUGCUACCUGUACUCUAUCGGAUUGCUCUAUCUACCCGUUUCUACCUAUUCCCUGAUCUGUGCAUCUCAAAUAGCCUUUAACGCUUUCUUCUCAUAUUUCCUCAACUCUCAAAAACUCAUUCCUAUCAUUUUGAAUUCUCUUUUCCUCCUAACUAUUUCCUCCACCCUCCUUGCAUUCAACAACGAGGAACCACAAAAAGUUAUAAAAGGAGAGUAUGUGAAAGGUUUCAUAUGCACCGUUGGUGCCUCAGCAGGGUAUGGUCUAGUCUUAUCCCUACACCAGCUAGCCUUUCGUAAAGUGCUUAAGAAGCAACUUUCUCAGAAGUUAAUCUACGUGAGUCUAGCGGCCAGUUGUGUUACCGUGGUGGGGCUUUUAGCUAGCGGCGAGUGGAAAAAUUUGAGCAGUGAAAUGGAAAACUACAAACAUGGGAACGACUGUUACCUGGCAGAUAUUCAGCUUCGGUGGCACAGGACUGAUCUUCGAGCUUUCUUCUCUAUUCUCAAAUGCAGUAAGCGUUUUGGGAUUGCCCGUGGUUCCUAUCCUGGCUGUCAUCAUUUUCCAUGA